UUCUGUGAUAUCAUAUCGUAUAUAAAAUAGUUAUUUUUAUUUCAAUAAAUAUAACAAUAACUUAAUAAUAAUAGUAACGCUUUGAUUGUAAUUAAAGCUAGUUUAAUUAAAUUUCUAUUAUCAUGAAUAAUACUAAUAAUGUGCCUCAUAUUGAUCGUGAAUUAGAUUUGUCGAAUACAGGCAGAGGUGUAUGGUUAGUGAAGGUACCAAAAUACAUAGCAAAUAAAUGGGAUAAAGCUUCGGGAAAUAUCGAAGUUGGGAAGUUGAAAAUUUCUCGCGUGCCGGGACAGAAGGCACAGGUUCAGCUAUCACUGUCGGAGGCAGUUUUAUGUCUUAAAGAUCCUGGAGAACAGAAUAUACCUAAGGAACAUCGCCUUGACGUGUCCAAUGUAACAAGACAAUCUUUAGGUGUAUUUUCUCAUGUUGUGCCAUCAAACACAGAUGCUGUUAUACCUGAAUCAGAGAAGCUUUACAUGGAGGGUAGGAUUGUACAAAAAUUAGAAUGUAGACCAUAUGCUGAUCCCACAUAUUAUAGAUUGAAAUCUGAAUCUAUCAGAAAAGCAUCUAUGCCUCAGCGGCAGGUUCAGCAAUUGGAUAGAAUUGUACAGAACUUCAAGCCAAUCUCUGACCAUAAACAUAAUAUUGAGUAUCAAGAGAAGAAAAAGGCUGAAGGCAAGAAAGCUCGUGACGACAAAGAUGCAGUACUCAACAUGUUAUUUGCUGCAUUUGAAAAACAUCAGUAUUAUAAUAUCAAAGAUUUACAGAAGAUAACAAAACAGCCUAUAGUAUACUUGAAGGAAAUUCUGAAGGAAGUCUGCAAUUAUAACUUGAAGAAUCCACAUAAGAAUAUGUGGGAGUUGAAACCUGAAUAUAGACAUUAUAAACAAGAUGUCCCCAUUGAACCAAAGGACGAAAAGAAUAGUUCGGACAGUGACUGAGUGGACAUUUAUAUCUUGUUCUAUGUAGUAUACAGUUUUUACAACACUGUUUUUAUGUACAAAUCAAAUGUUGAUACUGUGUACUACUUCCCUGUGCAUUGAGAAUUUUAUGAAUCUCUGAAUUUAAAAUUCUCAUUUGCAAAAUUAUAUACAAGACUGUAAGUAUGUAAUUAUUUGGAACUGAAAGUAUAGUUAUAUUGACAUGGCUAAUGUUUUAUUUAUUUUAAUUAGAAUAAAUGAAAUAC